GAAUUUGCUCCAUCAGUGUGUGUGUGAGUGUAGGCUCCAGAAAAUCUGUGUAAAAUUCCCUGCUAUGGGAGACCAUAGCAGAGAAUGGCUCAGUAUGAGCAGGGCGAUCGCUAUAGCACUGGUUUUGAUCACACUGCAGUGUUCCUGGGCCCUGAGUCCCACCGACUGCAAUGCUGCUGAGCCUGUGGCUGAGAGAGCUCUAGACCUGAUCAAUAAAGGGAGAUGGAAUGGCUAUCUUUUCCAGUUGCUGCGGGUCGCUGAUGCUCAUUUGGAGAGAGCGGGACCGGCAACUGUGUAUUAUUUAGUCUUAGACGUGCAAGAAUCUGACUGUUGGGUCCUAGCCGGGAAACACCAAGAUGACUGUGGGCUACCUGAUCGCAGACGACCAACGGACAUAGUGAUCGGACAAUGUAAAGUAAUAGCUACGAGACAUUCAAAUGAAUCUCAGGAUCUCACAGUGAAUGGCUUUAACUGCACCACAAGUUCUGUCUCCUCAGCCCUGAGCAACACCAAAGACAGCCCCGUCCUCUUGGAUUUCUUCGAAGACACCGAGCCCUACAGAAAACAAGCCGACAAAGCCCUUGACAAGUACAAAGGGGUGAACGGUGCCUUUGCUGGUUUCAGAGUGGACCGAGUAGAGCGCGUCAUAAGGGCGAGAGGAGGGGAUGGAACCAAAUACUAUGUGGAUUUCUCUGUGAGGAACUGCUCCGCGUACCAUUUCCCUCGAGACCCUAAUGUCUUUGGAUUCUGCAGAGCGGAUCUGUACUAUGAUAUAGAACCUUCUGACUUGGAAAUCCCAAAAGAUAUUGUUGUAAACUGUGAGGUCUUUAAUCUUGAGGAGUACAGAAAUGUCAGUGGUAUGCCACCCCGUUGGGGCCAUCCUCACCACUUCGGUGGGUGGAAGCAUGCUAUACAUGGCAAGCAUCCAUUUAGCUCAAAUGGAUCCAGAGAUCAUCAUCAUUCCCACAAGCUACAUAAAGUUGGGUGUCCAUGUGCCCCAGAAGAAAAAAAUUCAGACAGACCACCACCGCCCCCUCAAGGGCCAAAAUGUCAUCACCCUCCUUUUGGCAGCAGUCAUACCCAUGGACCUCCUCAUAAUCACAGUUCCAGUAAUCAGGAUCCCCAUGGGCAUCCUCCACAUGGAUGUGGUCCUCAUGGACCUUGUCCCCAUGGACCCCCUCCCCACGGUCACCCUCUCCAUGGACCCCCUCCUCAUGGGCCCCCUCCCCACGGUCACCCUCCCCACGGUCACCCUCCCCAUGGUCACCCUCCUCAUGGGCCCCCUCCCCACGGUCACCCUCCCUAUGGUCACCAUCCCCAUGGUCACCCUCCCCAUGGUCACCAUCCCCACGGUCACCCUCCCCAUAGACACCCUCCCCAUGGCCAUGAUUUCCAUGACUAUGGACCCUGUGAUCCACCACAUGAUCAAGGUCCCAAACAUCACCAUCAUGAUCAUGGUUCAUCACACAGGCACUCAGGAGAAAGAGGUCCAGGUAAAAGACACUUCCCUUUCCAUCCAAGACACAUUGGAUAUGUUUACCGACUCCCUGCACUAAAUGUAGGUGAAGUUCUUCCUCUGCCUGAAGCCAAUUUCCCCAGUGUCUCAUUACCAAACUGCAACAAUCCCCUACAGCCAGAGAUUCAGCCCUUCCCUCCGUCGGCCCUUCCCUCUGAAUCGUGUCCAGGGAGGUUCAAGAGUGAGUUCCCACAAGUUUUCAAGUUUUUUGCAUACGCAUCUCCAAAAUGAAAUGAUUCCUUAAAAGAGAAAAAUGAAUCAUGUUCUGAAUUAGAACCAUGAAUAAAAUGUAACGGAUAAUAAAUGAAAA